AUGUUGCUCUCCACCGUCUACCGCUACCUCCAGGGCCAGUCAGGCCUGCCCUCGACACUGCCAGCUAGAGGGUCUGUUGAUAUGGCCAAGGAUGAGUCUCGAAAGAUACACCUCUUGUGCAAGGGUCUGGAGCACUUCCGUGAAAUAUUCUACACAGAGCCAGAGGAUAAGAGCACAGUUACUGUAGCUGUCAUGCAAGACCUGCUUUCCCCUGGCUCGACGAGUACUGUCAAAGGAAUGAUAACAGACCAGGAGCCUAUCACUCCUGCUACUUUUAGGCAGGAUCAGGACGCUCCAGGCACAACGAAUUUUUUCAAGAAGAUGGCAGUAAGCCAGGACCCUGCCGCCUCUGCUGAUACCACCCAAGACCAAGAGCUUCUUAGCUCAACAAAAACUCUCACGGAUACCGUGGCGGACCGGAAGCCACGCAAAUACGUGAUGACAACGGGAGAGGACCUUUUCCAGUCACUGUUUGCGACGGAGAAGACUCCGCCUACCUCUCCGGGUAGUGUAGGAUCAGACAGCACAUUGGUGGAUCCUUCGUCACGGAAAGUAUCACCGGCUGACUCGGAGAUCCGUGCCAAGGGUAGUCCCAUCGCUGUCAAGGAUUUUGCCUAUCCCUCUUCAGAUAGCAAACAUGUGCUCGAUCAAGAGGCUGUUAUCGAAGAGGACACAAAGAGGCAGUUGUUGAAGCAGCUGAAGAAGAAAACGGCGGCGGAGGAGAAGGGUUCCCGGAAGGUCGUAAAGCUGACGGCACGAAACAAGACUCUCGGUGCCCAGCUGAAAUUAGCUAUAUCAAACGUCCAGAAUAGAGAGGCACAAGCCGACCUUGCAAAGACAUAUGCAAACGCCAUGACCUUGUCGAAUGUCGUUCUGAGACAAGUGGUGAAGGAUCUUAAUAAUGAGCUAAAUCGUGAGAAGAACGGCGCCCAAGUCCAGGGGACUCAGUCGCAAGGAGAGACAACCUGGAGUCAACAAAAGGAGGAACCGCUACAGAAUCAUUUCGAACUUGCAGACGAAUUCCGUACUAGUGCCUAUGGACCUAGGGCACGUUUGGAAAACGCUUCGGUUGAGCGUAGCCAGGGGAUGGACGACAUGGAUGGCCAAGGAUCCAUUCAAGAAGAGAACAUGUCCCCGAUGGGCAAAAUUGUGGAACCGAAGAAUUCUGGGUCUGUUGCUGUCGAAGUCCUUGAUCGAGAAGCCUCACAAGCUGAAGAAGCUCUUGACGAGGUUAAAGAGCACGAGAUAGAAAAAGUGGAGACAGAAGAAGAGAAGGAAGAUGAGGAGCAGUUUAGGAGCGGGGGCUCCCCUGCUGAAGAGACAACGAGUCAAGUCGAUGUGAACGUGGAAUGGAUCUUUCCCAGUCGCAAGCCCCAAGAGGCUACUGUAGGCAAAAAGCCCGGCAAUGGCUUGAGCGAACCGAGCGGCGAACACCAAGUUUCUGAAACGUAUGACGAUGAUUCCUUUCCGGCUGUCAAGGACUUUAUCUCACGGAGCGACAGUGAUGGAAAUCCUGCAGCCCACGAGCACAUCAUGGACGAUAUUGCGAAGCACGAUGAUAUCCAACGUAUGGGUAUUGGCCAUGAAGGCUGUAUCGAUGGGAAUAAUGGAUUCUCCGAAGCAGCGGGCCCAGCGACGCUAUGGGGGAUUCUCCGAUCCAAUGAGCGUGAGAAUGAGGUGGAGGAUAAGGCAGAUGUUGUUGAGGAGGCAGCUGGUGUCCCUGAAGCAGCAGGUCUAGCUACAUUGUGGGGAGUCGUCCGGUCGGAACAGUAUGAGAGUGAGGUGGACGACCAAGAUGGUGCUUGCGAUGACGCAGUAGACGUUUCUCAAGUAGAGGUUCCAGGGCCGGCCACCCUCUGGGGCAUCUUGAAAUCGAAUCGCGCAUCCUCAGGUGACGUUUUCUGUGAGGAAGGCGUUGGAAACCAAACAGGAGCGAACAGCCACACAGUUCUCGAUGAGUCUGAGAAUAAUGUUUCUGCAGAUCUUCUGGACGAAGGCGACGCAGAGCUCAUCCCCUCGUCUCAUGAUGAUUAUGCGCCAGAUCUCAACGACGACACCAACGACCUAUACGAUGUCGAUGUCAGCGACGAUGAAGAAGAGAUCAUGGAGCCAUCCGCCGCCACGAAUGCUCCCACCGUCGAAGAAGACCCGGCUCCUAGGCCUCACGGCUCUGUUGACGGCGACGUCGUCGCAAUUCAGGAAGUUGACGCCCAAGAGGUCACUGUAGAAGAGCUUGUGAAUACUAUUGAUGCAGACUCGCCCGAUGCUGUCGAGCCUAUCACAGAGGAUUUGAAAUUUGUUGAAGUGGGGGUUCACGAUGUGGGGAACGGUACGGGAGAGGUCGUCCACCUUCAAGAGAGUGUGGUUUCUGUCGUUGAAAAUAUGCCAAUUGGUACGGUCGAAGACGUGAACGAGUUUGUCGGUAAUGCGACCGUGGUUCGGGUGGAGAAGGCUGCACAGGAGGUCAACGCAUCCGGAGCAGGCGCGGUGGUCGAACAGCUAGGGCACAGCUGUGAGAAAGAUAUUGACAAGCUAACGCAGAAUGAUGCUGUCGCUCGUGCUCGUGCUCGUCCUUUGCUAGAGGCUUCUGAGGGGGAGUUGGGUCCAGAGGAGGGUGACGCAUUGGAGGGGUCCGCAGAAUCUAGAAGCUCACAGGUCAUCUGCGAAGAUCCCCGCGGUGGAUAUAUCCACGAGCUUCCAAACGUGGUUGCUGGAGUGCCCACCAUCACCGCAGCCGAAAGUGAUGGUACAAAUAGCGGGGCUGUUCAUCCACAACCUCUCACUCCUCCCGGCACUCCCCUACCAUCACCACGUACCUUCUCGCCCCCACAAGCCGAAAACUUCGAUUUCACUCCCCGAAUGUCGAAGCCGAUGGGGGUGUCCAAGACCGGGAAGCGUAGGCUUGAGCGCCAGCGUGCCGCAACCAAGAAGAAGGACGAAGCAGCGGUGAAGCGUCGGAUGGAAGAAGAGGCUGCCAAGACGCCAGAAGCAUUGGCUCAGCGUCAAGCCGAGGAGGAUGUGAGGCUGGGAGGGAAGCAAAUGAAGUUGCAGGCUGCAACGGAGAAGGCCAUCGGUUUGCAGAGCGCUAAGUAG